UGGGGGCGGAGGAGAAGGACCUGUCCGCAUGGACUGCCGAGAAGUUCCGUGGAGCCUGUUGCUCUCUUCUGCAAGGGGGAACGACCGACGUCUCUUCGCAAACCAGCCACCCUGGUGAAGGAGGAAGAGACGGGUGGAGAGGAGAGGAGGCAGGCCCGAGGUGCUCACCGCAGGUUAGGGUGGCAGGUCUUUGGGAACAGUUGUCAGAUUAAAACAGCCCUCCUCCCCCAAUUGACAUAAACAGAAAAAACCAAAGCUGAAAAAAAAAAAAAAAAAAAAAACCUCCACUGGGAGGCAAUUGAUGAAGUCCUAAAAGAAAAAGAAAAAAAGUAGCCAGAAGUGACAAGGCAAGAGUCAAACCGUAGAAGGGAAAGGAGAGAGGACCUUACUGCCCCAUCUUAUUUGGGCUUGGUGGAAAGGAACCAGCUGGUGGAGACAGAACUUCCAACAUCCAGGAUGGGACAAGCCUGGCUGCUUCUUUGGCUCUGCCCCCUGUUUCUCCUCAGCCUCUGGAGCCAAAGCUCCUUCUCUAAUGAAAUCCUGGGCCUGAAACUGCCUCUGGAGCCCGUGCUUAAUGCAAACACUGUCUGCAGGAACCUGCCUGGCCUGACACGGCGGCAACUGGAGGUUUGCAUACGGAACCCUGAUGUGACGGCGUCCGCCAUUCAGGGCAUCCAGAUUGCCAUCCAUGAGUGCCAGCACCAGUUCCGUGAUCAGCGUUGGAAUUGCUCUAGUCUGGAGACAAAAAAUAAAAUCCCCUAUGAAAGCAUCAUCUUCAGCAAAGGUUUCCGUGAAAGUGCUUUUGUCUAUGCCAUUGCAGCUGCAGGAGUGGUGCACGCGGUCUCCAACGCUUGCUCCUUGGGCAAACUGCAAGCCUGUGGCUGCGACCAGAAGCGUCGAGGGGAUGAAGAGGCUUUCCGCCUCAAACUUCAUCGCCUCCAACUGGAGGCCAUGAACCGUGGCAAGGGAAUGAUGCACGGCGUCCACUUGGAGCACCUGCCAGCCGAGGUCCCUGGCCUACAAGACUCCUGGGAGUGGGGGGGUUGCAGCCCUGACGUGGACUUUGGGGAGAAAUUUUCAAAGGAAUUCCUCGAUUCCCGGGAGAGCCACCGUGACCUCCCAUCCCGUAUGAGGCUUCACAACAACCGCGUUGGCCGGCAGGUGGUGAUGGAGAACAUGAAGCGGAAAUGCAAGUGUCAUGGAACUUCAGGAAGUUGCCAGCUGAAGACCUGUUGGCAGGUGACUCCUGAUUUCCGGCUGGUGGGUUCUGUGCUGAAGGAUCGCUUCCAUGUGGCAACACUGAUCCGGCCCCACAACAGGAACACUGGGCAGAUGGACGUGGGCCAGGCCCGCCACCGGCGUCGUGGUGGCAUCAGUGACCUGAUCUACUUUGAGAAAUCACCUGACUUCUGUGAGAGGGAGCCAAAGUUGGACUCUGUGGGCACCCAAGGGCGUUUGUGCAACAAGACCAGCCCAGGCAUGGACAACUGUGAAAGCUUGUGCUGUGGACGGGGACAUAACAUCCUGCGGCAAACACGCAGCGAGCGAUGCAACUGUAAAUUCCAUUGGUGUUGUUUUGUAGCUUGUGAGGAGUGUCGACUCACAGAGUGGGUCAGUGUCUGCAAGUGAUAUAUCUGCGUCCUUAUAGGUCCAGCAAAAGUACCAUUGUUUGCCUUUGCAGCACUAAGGACGGAGCCUUGCAUUAGCACAAGGCAGGGUUUGAGGGAAUUGGUACGUGCUAAUGUUUCACAUCUCCCAUCCCUUCCUUUCUGGCCGGUUACAUGAGCCCUUGAUUCCAGAAGGUCCUGUUGUACAGAUUUGAGCAUUGGCCUGGCACUUUCAAAACACCAAGACCUGUAUAAAUAUAAGAUAAUAUAAUCUUGCUGGAGACCCUGAGGUUGUCUCUGGCUGUUUCUAAGCAUUGACACCUUCAGCCGUGCUUCUCAAGUCUAUAAACUGCAGUUCCUCAGAAAACAGCCGUCAUUCCCACCAUGUCUCCUUUCAAUUUAAUGCCUUUUAAAUCCAACACUGAGAACAUGGGGUGGGGGGGUUUAAAGGAAUACUAUCAAAUACCUGUUAACCUAGGCCAGAUUUGUUCCAUUCCAGUUAAAGUGCUAAGUUGUUCAGGGGAGAACAAUGGAAUAAAAUGCAAUGUUAGUUGAAAGAAAUGUUUCUAAAAUGAGAUUGACAAGUUGGAGGUACGGAGCUGUCUCUGGAACAAGUGCCACAGGCACUGAGUGCAAAUACUGUGGUUCUUAACUUAUUUUAUUAUUGUGCAAAUAAAACACAAAUCCAAGACAGUAAUGUGCAUGUGUAUACCUGAAGUAGAACCAUGGAGUGAUUUGUGAGGACUUUCCUUCAGAUAUUUAUGUCAUCCUUUCCCCUUUGUGCACCUUUGAGAUGUUGUCAUUGCAGAAUGGACUGGACAGAAAGAUUCUGUCUUGAAAGAAAGCUAUGCCUGUAUUCUCUCUCCUUUAAGCUCCUGGGUUGAGCUCCUUUGGAAGAGCCACAAAUGUUUGAUGAGAAUUCAAAUGAGCCUUUCCCAGCUGGGAUGUUACACUUAUGAUUUCCACAUGCAGAGACUUGUGAGCUGAUUGGCGUGCGGAGUUAGUCAUGAUGUUUGUAAAUUGUUUUUCAGGGGAGUAAACACAUUACUCUGCUGCAGGAAAGGUACUAUGAGACUUUAAAACGCCUCUAACGUUGUGGAUAACAGGUGACAAUGCCAGAUUCAUGAAAUGUUAUCUUAACUUACAGGCCCACAUGGCAAAGAUUGUCAUCUGUAAAGUCUGUGCAGAUUAAAAUAAGAAAAUGGCAAUUGUGUGGUUCAAAAUAUCUCUCUAUGUAUUUUCUAUAAUAAUGCCCCUGGCACUGUGCCUAUAUAUGUAGGAUUGUGCAUUUUGGGACCAAAUGCAUUUGAUGACUGGUUUGGACCCUGAAAAUUCAUGCUGGAAUCCUUAGUUUUUAAGGUGCCACAGAACUCACUGGUUUUGCUAACAAGGUUAUCCUGCUAGAAGCCUCUUGUUUUUGUUGCACAUUCCGCAAAUUAAUAGUGCAACCCAGGAAAGUUUAACAUGUUUGUUGUAGUGAAGCUAUAGGGGUAUCUGGCCAGGAACUUACUGCACUCCAGAAGAAGUCUAGGGACUAGGACAGAGGUCCCCAAACUUGGCAAUUUUAAGACUUGUGGACUUCAACUCUGGGAGAAUUCACAAGUCUUAAAGUUGCCAAGUUUGGGGACCCCUGGACUAGGAUGAUGCUGAGAAGAACCUGCUUUUAAGAUAAGCAGGAUGACAGUUUAUGUUGGAAGGGACUUUCCUUCCAUGGAUAAGUAAAGCAGUAGCCCAGGUUUGCAAGAGUGCCAUUCAUUCUUAAGCAUUUGAAAGAGAAUAUUCUUCUCUAGAACUUAGCAAUAAAAAUAUUGGGCUGUCAAUGUCCUAAAGGGAGGGAGUGCUUCUCUUGACUGCUUAGAAAGGGCUCUCAUAGAAUGGGUGAGCAGGAUUUGGUGUUGAUAUACGAAUGAUGAAAAUGGAGUGAGAAAUAAGUAGCUGUUCUAAGCAGCCCCAGCUGCCUGCUUUGCCCUUCCUGGGCUAGGUGGUGAUGAAUCACCUGAUUGGUAUUGUGCACUGUCUGAUAAAUCCCCACCCUGCCUGUAAUGUCAGCCCAGAGGCUAUGCAGCAGGAAUAGGAGACAGGAAGAGUGGGCAGCCUGCAUCGGCCUAGCCAAUGGGGAGCUUCCUGCAGCUGCACUUCACAAGGGUUUUCAGGCGCUUCAAGGUUGGCAGUGGGUUUGCAGGCAGCCAAGGAGUUGUGGGAGGAGGGGCCAGUCGUCUUCCCAAAUGCCUUUCCUGGGAAAGGCACACUUUGAUUCUACUUAGGGGUCUCUGUAAGAGCAAGCCCUUCCAUUUCAGGUACCUUUGGAAGAAUAAGAAGAUGUAAUAAUGCGGCUAAGAGCCCAAGCCAAAGUCCUGUUGAAGGUCUUUCUUACUUCCCACGUAGGUAGCCAAACAUAGUUUGCUUCUAGCACCACCUGUGAUAGCUUGUAACUCUGGUGAAGGCUUUAGUUACCACUCCUUUUUCAGGCUGGAGAUAAGUUGCACCAGUAGGAUUUUGUCUUGUCAGGCAUACAUUAGGUCAGGAAAAGUGAAUCUUGAAAAUGGAGAUUGCCUUCUGAUGUAUUGGAUAAACAUGUAUGUAUGUACAUAUGUAACUGAACGCAUAACCUCCAGGUAUGGUGAUCUUUGAUUUUCUUUGCCUCUAGCCAGUAUAGUUUUGACUGCAACCUGCCCCUGAGGCUUCUCAAUAAUAUUCAGGGUGGCUCUCAUCCAGUAUCUGACUUGGAUCUCGUUUUUAAAUGGGCCAUUUAAAUGGAGGUGGAGGGAACUCUACCAAAUGCUCUCAAUCCCUUUUAGACAUGUCAAAAGUCAAUAGGCAGCAUUGUUUCAGGGGGUUGACCUUGCAAAAAAUGUGUGACUG